GCAGGGAGAAGAUGCACAGAUAAGGCAAGACGAGAGUGAUUCCCGGGAGCAGAAGACUUGGACAGCAAGAGGAACGAGAGUUAGAGGACGAGAGGGACCAAAUACACAGAGAGGGGUAAAAGUAGGGAGGAGAGACAGGUCUGCCGACAGGUAUGCAUAGUCCUGUGAGUGGGGUAUCAGAAGGGGUAUCUCUGGAAUCCUUUGAAGAAUCUGACUUGCACAGAGAAGCCAUGCAGGGAGUCCUGGAGACACCCACCGAUAUCCCUCCUUCUUCUGACCUGGAUUUGAUCUUCCUCAAAGGCAUUAUGGAAAGCCCAAUGGCUCAUGAGCGGAUGGAGGAGACGCGUCUGGAAGCUGUUCGGGAAAAUAACCUGCAGCUGGUGCAGGAGAUUCUGCAGGAUAUGGCUGGAGUGAGAGAUCCUAGCAGGGCAGCAACUGAGUUGCAGGCAAUCCUUCAAGAACCUCACUUCCAGUCCCUUUUACAGACCCAUGAUUCUGUGGCAUCCAAAAAUUAUGAGACUCCUCCACCCAGUCCAUUGUUGGACCCCACACUGAAUAACCAGCCGGUUCCACCGGAUGCAGUGCGCAUGGUGGGAGUCAGAAAGAAUGCUGGAGAGCACUUGGGUGUGACCUUCCGUGUGGAGGGGGGAGAGUUGGUUAUUGCCCGGAUUCUGCAUGGAGGAGUGAUUGACCAGCAAGGUCUGCUGCAUGUUGGAGAUGUGAUUCGAGAGGUGAAUGGCAAGGAGGUGGGGAGCGACCCCCAAGCCCUACAGGAGAUGCUACGGGAGGCCAGUGGGAGUGUGGUGUUAAAAAUACUACCAAGCUACCAGGAGCAGCACCCCCUGCGGCAGGUGUUUGUAAAAUGCCACUUCAGUUAUGAUCCAUCAAAUGACAGCCUGAUCCCUUGUAAGGAGGCCGGGUUGGCUUUCCGAGCUGGAGAUCUCCUCCAGAUCGUCAACCAAGAGGACCCCAACUGGUGGCAAGCAUGCCUGGUAAAGGGUGGCACAGCUGGUCUGAUACCCAGCCAGUUACUGGAGGAGAAGAGGAAGGCAUUUGUAAAGCGUGAUGGAGAGCUGACCCCAAAUUCCAGUGCACUCUGCGGAAGUAUCGGUGGAAAGAAAAAGAAAAGGAUUAUGUAUGUUACCACAAAAAAUGCAGAGUUUGACCGCCAUGAGCUUUUGAUAUACGAGGAGGUGGCACGGAUGCCACCCUUUCGUAGGAAGACACUCAUCCUCAUAGGUGCCCAAGGAGUAGGCAGGAGGAGUCUGAAGAACAAACUGUUGACCUUUGACCCAUCAAGAUAUGGCACCACUACUCCAUAUACCUCUCGGAAGAGAAAGGAAGGAGAAUGGGAUGGCCAGUCGUACUCCUUUGUGUCGCGGGCAGAGAUGGAGCAGGACAUCAAAGCCGCCCGCUAUUUGGAGCAUGGAGAGUAUGAGGGCAACCUGUACGGUACAAAGAUCAGCUCCAUCCGGGAAGUGGUGGCAUCGGGCAAAAUGUGCGUUCUGGAUGUCAACCCCCAGGCAGUAAAAGUCCUCAGGACAGCAGAGUUUGUACCAUACGUUGUAUUUAUUGGUGCCCCAGAUCUGGAUACCUUAAAAGCAAACAACCUUUCUGCCGUGGAAGCUGGUCUGACAGCCAAGCAGCUGUCGGAUGCUGAACUCCUGCGCAUUAUUGAGGAAAGCGAACGUCUCCAACAGGCGUACGGCCAUUUCUUCGACCUCAGUCUGGUCAACUCUGACCUAGACCAGACCUUCCAGGAUCUGCAGGUGGCUUUGGAGAAACUUCGCACCGAGCCCCAGUGGGUUCCUGUCAGCUGGGUCUAUUAGAGCUCCCCAAUUUCCACAAAAAAACCCUAUAUAUUUUUAGAGCAAUGGUGAACUUAAUAACUAGACCCUCCUGCACACUUCAUCCAAGUUGUCCUUCUUUCAACCUAUCUCCUUGCUCAUAACUCACCUAGGUUUAGUUACAGAUACAUAGCUAGUUACAGCAGAAAAGAUCCAAUUUGCCCCAAUUUGUCUCCCUUUUUUUGAAACAUGUAUUACUUAAUUCUUAAGGGUCGCUCUACGCACACCCCAAGCUUUUGUGAACCCCUUUACUAUGUUUGCCUGGUUCCACCGGAAAUCUACUCAACUACUGAACGUCUACUACCAUCUUCCAUCUUUAUGGUUCCUUAGAUGACCAUCAAAUUAGGUUCCUGCCAAACGAUCUGAUAGCACCUCAUUUUAAUUUAGCGCAUACAAAGAACCCCAAACAUUAUAUCUUCCCAAGAUAUUUAGGUCUUACCCGCCAUUUAUGAACCCAGAACAGUUUAAUGUACAAGUCGUGAUGUAGCCUACAUGAAGGACACUUCUGUUGAGGUGAUCCUCAUUGGAAUCCGCAUCGCUGCCGUGUUUAGGUCCAAAAAGGAACUAAAAGCAGAAUAAAAACGUGUAACACACUUCAACUUAGGAUCUCCACAGCGUAACACUGCCAAAAAAAAAACGAGCAAUGUAUAUAUUUAUGAACCCGGCGUGUAAUUAAUGUGUAUGCCUCGUGUAUGUGUCCUGUGCUGUAUAUUUUGGGCUUCAAUAAAGAGUAAAAUAUAUAUAUAUAUUAAGCAAACCA